AUGACGAAUAGAGAUAAUGAUGAUGUUGAUUUAGGACUCUCUCUGGGUUCUACCAAUCACCGCGUUCGAACAACGUUGAACCAUAGUUCGGGUGCAGGUGUAAAUGCAAACUCAGAAGUGGACAUAGCAUUUGCUGCAGCUGAUCCCUUGUCUGAAUUAGUUUGGUCCCCACACAAAGGUUUGAGUCUGAAAUGUGCAGAUACCAGCCUAGCAGAUAAAAAUCCCUUUGUUACGUGGAAUUUGGGACCAAGCAAUAAGGUUUUUCCACCAUCUCAAAGCGUUAGAUCCAGGGGAACUGAAGAUGAAAAAGCUAUAGAUAAGGGAAACUCAACUAUAUUACUGGCAACAAUAGAUAUGGAUAAAGUUGGUGAUGGAACAACUGUGGCGAUAUCUUCUAGAAACAUUCCUGGCCCUUUGUGCAAUGCAAGCCAUGGACACCAUGAGGAUAAAAGUGGUGAUGAAGUCAGAGAAGGGGUCGGUAAUCAUAAUGAUGAGCAUCUUAGGGACAAUGGAGAGAAUUUGAGAAGUCCAGAGAAUGUCCAAAAUCCUGAGAUUUUUGAAAGCAGCAAGAACAUUGCAGGACAUGGUAUUUUAACAAAUGAAACCAGUGAUUAUAUGGCUAACAUGGAAAUAGCAUCCAGCAAACUGAAUGCUAAAGUUGAAGAUGUUGCUGGUAGCAGUCAAAUUUUCGGAUUCAGUGUUGCUAUGGCCUCUGAAUCUCAUGCUGUGAAGAAUUCUGACGGUCUUCUUUGCCCACUACCAAAUUUACAACCUCCAAAGGAACAAGAUAAUGAAGUAACAUCGGCUCCUGGAGAGGAGAAUAGAAUGAAGAUGCACCAUUCUACCAGUAUGCACCAUUUGGUGAAGUUGGAUUCUAGUGAUGAAAAUGACUUGUACCAUCUAGAUGCUAAACAGGCUCACAGUUCAAGUGACGAGAGACUUCCAAGGGACAAAUAUCUUCCACUAGAAAGUGCUCCAAAAAAUAGUAUGAUCUUUUUGAAUCAGAGCAAAAACAAAGAAAAGGCAUUAUCUGAUGGAGAUGAUAAUGGAAAAUUGUCAAAUUUUGAGGAAGACAGUCAGGAGAGUGUAGAAAGUUGUAAUAGUGCUGGGUUCUUUCCAAGAGGUAAAAGGCAAUGUAACUAUGAAAAGGAUUUUUCUGGCGGAAGAAAAAAAUUGAAAAACCAAAUUCAAGGAAGUUCUGGUUCAACCUCCAUGAUCAGGCAUGGUAACUCUUUCAUGAAUUGGAUUUCAAGCAUGGUAAAAUGUAUACCAAAUUCCAGUCAAGGACAGGCCCCAUCUCUGGUUCUUCAUCUUGCUCAUCCAAUUGAUAUGCACGACAAAAGUCACCCGGGAAUUUUAAUUUCCAAGAAAGAAAAUGAUUCUCCUAGCCAACCAAUUGGGUUCCAAACUAUGUUUCAGUCCUUAUAUUGUCCACGUGUAACAAGACCUGAUACGAGUGUCUCAAAAGAAAGUCAUUGCUUAGAAGAAUCUAAACAGCUUGUGGUGGCUGACGAUAUAUUCAUUGAGAAUCCUCCAAUAACAUGCCACAGAGACACUGGUACCUCUUGCAAGAAAAUCCUUGCAUCAAAUGCAGAAGUUAAUCCGUGUCAAUCAAGAAACUUGGUGGGCCAGUAUAGACAACCCUGGAAUUUUACUGCAGUUAACGCUUAUGGUCAGGAUGCUUGCAAGAGAAAUUCAGCAGGAAAUAAACCUUCAAGAAGCCCUGCAUGUAGUAGAGAAAAUGCUGGAAUGAGCUCUUCUGAUUCGCUACAUGAACUGCUAAAUAAAACUGCAAAUAGUACAAGUCCAAGUUUUCCCUUGGAAGGCAAGGGUAUUGGUAAUAUGUCUAACGAAAGCGGUUCAAUUCCUAGUUUGUGGAUUACCCGUUUUUCUACCAAAACUACUAGGUUAGAGAACUGCAAUCAGGCUACUGACGGAGACUUCAAGCGUUCCACUGUUUGCACCAGGGUCAGUCCUCUUACUAAGGUAAAUGCUGAUUUUCCCAAUGCCCAGAAAAGCCCUGAGGCCAGGGUUAACUCCCCUGAAGACCAGGUUGACUUUGGGGCGAAAGAGAUGCAAAGCUUUGCUACCAAUUCUGAGGCGUCCUUGGAAUUUAAGUCUAUCAGUAAAUUUGAUCCCAUUCUACCUUGCCAGUGUAAAAGCUCGGAGGUGAUGGCCCCUGUGUUUGCCCAUAGAUUGGAUGCACUCAGGCACAUUACACCCUCGAAUUUUAAAUGUUCUUCAACUUUCCCAUCAGUAACUUGUUUCAUUUGUGGUGGACGUGGCCAUGAUAUGCUUGACUGCCCAGAUGUAACAGAAACUGAGCUUGAUGAUCUCGUAAGAAGUGCCAGUUCAUUUUACAGGGUGGAAAAAUCUCCUCCUUUGUGCCUUAGAUGUUUUCAACUGGAUCAUUGGGCUGUUACAUGUCCAAUGAGAUCCACGAGUAGGCACCAUCAGUCAGAAAUGACUGCUUCUUUUGCCAAUCAUGAUACUGUGGGUUGCAAACAACUCAGUGCAGGUAAAGAAAAAUGUUCUAGGUCUCUGGGUGCUCAGGAAGCUCAUCCACCAGUUUUUAUUGAUCAGAGGGCUUGCAGGGACAGGAAUCCUAAUAUGCGUUCCUUUUCCAGUAACCUGUUGUGGAGUGUGAGGGAGUCUACAGGCAAAAGAACAAGUUCAAAUGAAGGUCAAAAUAAUAAUACUUCAAAUUCUGAGGAGAAUGAUUUGAAGGGAAUUCAUGAUUUACCGUUGUGCACCUCUGUCAGCAUGAAGAAUGCGGAUGCAUUGAUAGAGAUGUUUGAUGUUGUAAAGAAGCUUCGCAUCUCUCGUGUAGAUGUCCUCAGAUGGAUGAACUCCAAUGUCUCUUUGUCACAUUUAAAUGGUUUUUUCUUGCGUUUGCGACUUGGGAAGUGGGGAGCAAACGUCGGGGGUACUGGCUACUAUGUUGCUUGCAUAGCAGAAUCAACAGGAGCACAAAGAGAAAAAUUAGAUAAAAAUUCCAAGAAUUCUGUCUUUGUAGACAUUUUGGGGAUUCAAUCCUUUGUUGGAAGUCAGUAUGUCUCAAACCAUGAAUUUUUGGAGGAAGAAAUUAGAGCUUGGUGGUGCAGAAUUGUGGAAAGUGGUGGAAAGAUUCCAUCCUUAGACGAGUUGAAAGCAAAAUUUGAAGAGAGAAUGAAUUUAGUGGGACAAAAUGUGAGCCAAAAAUUGAAGUCAAAAGAAAUCAUGCUUUUGCCUAGCAAGUCAAGUUCACAAAACCAUUUCUCCAUCGUCCUCGCCUUAGCUCCACCAAUAUGGUCCAAAGUCCAGUUGAAUCCACCACCAGCGUCCCAGUUACUACCCCUGUUUCAAAGAUUUACGUAA